AUGGAUAUCAAGCAUGUCCAAGCUGUGCAGAUCAACCAUGCUGACCGGCUUUCGAGGUUGGAAAAGCGCCAAGCUGAUGAUGCCGCGCUCAAGUCCGUCUGGGGAAAUGGGUCUCCAUUCCCAGGCGUUUUAAGUGGCACUCCACAACAAGGGCCUCUCCAACAUCCCUCUGCUGACGUCUUCGAUGACUUCGACGAUGAACAAGGACAUAACCUUCUCGGUAGUCUGCAGCUCGAAGCGGACGACGAACCAGUAAGGCGAGGUGCAUCACGAGCCAACAGUGUUCGAUUUGAUGUUAGUGCUCUUCAAGGUUCGAACUGGACACAAAGCUCUCGGAAUUCCGGAGAUUUCGGUCCAGUUCGCCCAAGUAGCGGCUUUGGAAGUCAUCCCAUGACGGAGCGUUCGUUAUCACAUAAGUCUGAUGGCAGGCACAGCUCUGCGGGUCACUCAGUUCAUUCCAUGCAUUCUGUUGCUUCUGGGAGAACAAGCAGUCUUGGUCUCGACACGAAUUUCAUCAUUGGCCCCCAGCACGAACACUCACCUGUCGACAUACUUCUUCCUCCGCCUGGUCUAUUCAUUCUCGGCUCUGUCCCUUCCAUCAUACGCUGUUGGCUUACCACCAACUUCUCGCAUAAUGCGCUUCUUUACGGUGUGGUUUGUACAGGCUCCCAGAGGUCAGUUCUCGAUUGUUCUCUUGUGAAAGAGCUAGGAUUGUUGGACCAAAUUCAGAAGCAGUCUACUGGUGGUUAUAACAUCAGACUUCCUGUCUACCUCCCGGAGGCAGUCAUCACUCAACCAAACUCGAGGUCAAACAGCCCCGUCCCGCAAUUACCUGCCCUCACAGCAGACUUUGAGAUUGUUGGUAUGACCCAACCCACCAAUUCUGAUCGCAAGAAUAAUAUCCGUGUCUUCAUUGGCAGUGAUACUCUUCGAGCACAUAGCGCAGAUAUUCUCUUCUCUCAGAAUCUCAUGACUCUAUACAGCGACGACCGCAACAAGAUUUCCGUUCCGUUUGUUAGACCAGAGGACGAGAACCUAUUCAAGGAUUUAUGUACAGCAAACCUUCCACCAGAGAGGAACGAACUGAAUGCAACCGCAUCUCAUUUCACCCCCAGUGGAUCCAAAUCAAAAACGGAUGGAAUUGAUCGCACCGAUAAAGUCGAGUCUUCCGAUCUGGAUCGGAGAUCUACAGCAUCAGCAGAACAGCCACUAUCACUUUUCACUGCUACUGCUACUUCUGAUUUGAGCAAUGUCAACCGAGCUUCUGAUACGAGAUUCGAGGCUGCCGGACCAAAUGGCAUUAUCUCGGACUCUGAGAGACGACAUUACGAAGAUAUUGCUUUGCGAGGAUCGGAGCUAUCUGAUGACACAGGCUCUGCAGAUCAACCUAGACGUGAGUCUCUGGGUGUUUGGGGCUCCUGGCGCCAAGGAACGGCUGCAAACGGUAGUGAGAAUGGCGAGUCCACAAGCGGAUACCAACGAGCAACGAGAGGUGGAAGAAACAUGAAAGUACUAAAACCCUCGAAAUCCAUUGCUACUGCUGGGGUGUCCAGCCGCUCAUCAUCUGCGGCGCGGACGGGUGCCGCUUACGAGCCAGCACCGUCACGUACGUCUGGGGAAUCGAGGCGUAAGAGUCAGCCCAGCGGAAUUGAGAACGCUCCAUUGCGAUGGGAGCCGAAGAAAAGUAUUUCGGGCGAUCAGAAGGGCCCAAAGUCCAUCGCGACUAUUCCCAGAUCAUCAAACCCAGUAGGAGGUGCCUCAGCCUUUGCUUGGAUGAAUCCAAACAAGUCAAAGGCCUCCGCGACUGCGGAGUAA